AUGAAAAUCAUCGCCGCAGCAAUUGUUCAUGGUCUCUUAUCAUCGGAAGUACAAAACGAAGCAAAUAAACAAUGUUCAACUGAUCAUAAUUGUGGAGAUUCUGCGAGCAUUAUGAAAGACGUAAAUCCCGAAAACAUUUUGCUUGGAGGCGCCGAUGAAGACACGCUGAUUAAAAAUUUAAUCGAUUGGCAAAAGGGCUUCUUGUCCGAGAAAAUUGAGAUCAGACGUGGUGAGUAUGGCGUCGGUGUGUAUGCUGUCGAAAAUCUAGAAGAGGACGAGGAACUUUUCACUUCCGAUAACAAUUAUCUUAUUAAACUUGAUAAAGCUUUCGAGGCCUUGAACGACAGAGUCGAUGUUAAUAAAAAUUACAAGCUCGACUGCACAGAUACACUCUCACUGUUCGUUGCUCUUGAAGUAAAAAAACGAGAAAAGUCUGAUAUCUGGCCAUACCUAGCAACAAUGCCCCUCGCCUACAUUACACCACUAGAAUACUGGCCGGAAAAGAUGCUGGAGUUUCUAACUCCAACUGGAAAAGAUUUGGCACAAUCAUCUUCUGAAGACUUUAAAAUUCGGUGGGAGCGAAUUGAUAAAAUUUACAAUUCUGUCAAUCAAGAAAAUAUUUUGACGGAAGAAGAAUUUCACCACGCAUAUUCAAUCGUUUUUACGAGGUACUUUACUGAUGAAGAGCCAGAAGCUUUUCCAGACUGGUUUCACGAAGACUCUGGCUGUGGUUCGUUAGGCCCAGUUUUCGAUUUCUGGAAUCAUGAUCACCCGGCAAACGCAGACUGGUUCGUCGACAAUGGAAUGGAAAUCAGAACCUCGGAAGCAAUUCCAGCUGGCGCGGAGCUGUUCAUCUCUUACGGCGACAACGCUCUGCAAAAUGCUAAACUAGCUCAAUCUUAUGGCUUUACCUUCGGUGACAGCGAAAAGCUCUUUGAGGUUGUUAAUUUCUACGAAGAAGAACUGAUUCAAGCGUGCUUAGAGCGCCUGGGCAUGUCGGAAAAAAUAUGCAAAUUAAAGACACAAUUAGCGCUAGAGAUGAAUGAAGACGAUGCAGGAUUCUUAGACGGAGAUUGUCAUUUGAAAUCGUCGGCUGUUGAGUACAUUGCCAGUGGAGAUCCGAGAGCGAUAAACGAUAAAAAUGCCCAGAAAAACUCACAAGAUUCCAGGUCUCUACGACUGGCUCUCUGGAUUGUGUACAAGCGGAUUGCAGAAUUAGAUUUGCUCAAAGGCAAAAUUUCUUCGUCCGAGUUCACCGCUACCGAAGAAAGAUACCUACAAAUGGCAACUGACAUGCUCAAUUCUGAAAUGCACGUUCUCGAGCUCUGUGUUGAUUACCUGGAAGACGAUGCUCUGAAACUAGAGCGAUCCUCGAUGUCUGUUGACAGACAGAAGAACCUGUCGAUUUAG